AAAGAGCCCCAUCUCUUGUCUUUUCUCUUGGACAUCGCUCCCGCCAAUUCCGCCGUCCUCCACUUGACCAACGCAGGGGUACUCUUUACAGCCGUUGACAUGGCCAAGAACAAGACCGACAGAGUGGCCAUAUUCCCCACACCCCGUCCAAUCCUCCGGAGCCUGGCAGUUUCACCCUGGCGACGGACGCCCAUCCUGUCAACAUGA